UCCUUACUCGAAAUACGUGUGUGUUACCUCGUUUCGUUUAGAAUAAAAGUAUCACAGAAAAAAAGAAGAAUAUUAAAGGUGGUGUUGGUGUUUCACAGGUUCCGCUUUAAGAAAAAUCUUGUAAGGAACACAAACAAAAAACAAAACAACAACAACUUGAUUAAAAAAAAUCCUUUUAGGAUACCAUAUCCUUACAAAAUAGAGAAGCAAGGAUACCAAUUUCGGUUUUUGCCCCAACAGAUAAAUAAAAAGUAAAGCAACAACAAAUAAAAGGAAAAUAUAAUCACAACCCUUCUUGUUCUUUGUAAAAAUUAUAUAUUGUGAAGUUGGAUAAAAUAUCCUGUGAGUGUUUGUUUAAGGACAUCCCACAAUCCUCUUGAGAGAAUAAAAAAUAUAAGAAAAAGAAAAAAAUAAUUAAGAAAUUCAGUGAUUUUGUGAUUUGAGUGCAAGAAAGUUACAAACAAAAUAAACGAAGAAGAAUAAAAAAAAACCCAAAUCCAAGGAUACCAAGGAUUAUAUUAGCUUUGUUGGAUUAUCUUUCUUCUUCGUCUUCUUCUUCAUCUUCCAUUGGAUAUAUCUCUUAAAAGGAUACUCAUUUGUAAAUGGUGAAUACUUCAAACUUCAACAACUCAGCUGGCUGCGAGGAAACGAUUUAGUGACGUGUCAGAGUGAAACACUGCUCUAAAACCCAACCACCCACCCACUCACGUUUCGUUUCGAAAAGGACCUGGUUUUCAUUCGACAUACUUGUACUAUUUUAUAUCCAGUGUGAAGGCUCAACAAAAUCGAAGUGAAAUGAUCCACAUCCGGUGAGCUGGAAAUGAGGUGAGGUGAGAACGAGUACACGCACAGACACACAGAGAAUACGAGAGUACCUAUAGGACGAACAACCUAUAAGCGCAAGGCCAAAGGAUUUUAAACUUCUGUCCGCUUCCGCACAACCACAAAGAGCACAUGGGAAAAUCCACGGACUCAGGAUAAUUAUCACUAACCCACCACCAUCGACACCGCCGCGCACUGCACCGCAACGUACCGUAACGCCUGCCGUCAUUCAACUUCAACUGCCCAAAGGGCAAAGCCCAACUGAAGACCGAAAACCGAACUCACAAACUCAACCCACUGAAAUAAAGGAUCAAAGUGUAAUAAAGAAAUUUUCAAUUCCUUUUUUUCCGUUUUCUCGUCGAAUUUUUCCACACCAAAGGACCAAACGAAGGACAGCAGAAAAUACCAAAAAGUGGUUCGCAGCUGACUCAAACAACACACAUUGUUUAUCAUCAAGGACACGCUGCACCACAGGCAGGUUUUGAGCAGAAACCAACCCAAGUAGACAGUGGGUGAGGUGAGGCAAAAUAAGAAACCAGAGAGGCAGAGGAAGAGGAAACACGACCACAGUAAACAACAAUCCAGCACGGAAACGUCCGAUUAAAUGUCUGCCGUGGAAUUAAAGACUCCAGUCUCUGUUAUGGAUUUUCGCCAAAGACAGCACAUGGUGCAGGCCGGUGUGGGCCCAUAUCCAGGUGCCCCAACAGGAUAUCCACCGGCACCAGCUAAUGUCGGAGCUGCUGAUAGCCUUUCGAUGGCAGUGGCUGCUGUCAAAGCUGAGCAAGCAUCACAAAUGAAGCCAGAUGGUGCACCGCCGCCUGUAUCAUCAGCUGCAGCAGCCGCACAAAUUUAUAUGCAGCAGAAAAAAGCAAGUCUUCAGCAACAGCAGCAACAACAUCACCACCAACAGCAGCAGCAGCAACAACAGCAGCAGCAGCAACAACAACAACAACAACAGCAGCAGCAACAACAGCAGCAGCAACAACAACAACAACAGCAACAGCAGCAACAACAACAAUCAGUAUCACAGUAUAAUAGUUCCACAUCAGUUCUAGGAAUCCCUCCACAGCAGCAGCAACAAAUGAGCAAUAUUGCUGCGACCUCAACAGUGCCAUCAUCGGCCCAGCCCACCACAUUAACUCUUCCACUUUCGGUUGCCAAUAGUAUUUCAAAUGGAAUUGAUUCCCAACAACAACAACAGCAACAGUCGUCCAAUGUGCAACAGCAACUUCAGCAGCAGCAGCAGCAACAACAACAGCAACAGCAGCAGCAGCAACAGCAUCAACCAUCUGUCAGCAUAUCAUCAGUAUUGAUCAAAACCGAACCAGAACUUAAUGCUGGACAAAAUAGCACCGCAGGCUCGGCUGGCGGUGGUGGCGGAGGAGGUGGAUCAACACCAAUUAGCAUAUCAGCAGCCGCAGCAGCAGCUACAACGUCAUCGGUAGGAAGUACAAGUCUUGUAACCGGCAUCACUCUUGGUGUAAAUGCGGCGAUUUCCAGUGCAAAUAAUACAUCUUCGGCGGGAGGCGGAGCCACACCCACCACAAAUGGAAUAGUCACAAGCGCAGCCGGAGGCCUGCUCGACAUGAACAGUGCAAAUCAGUCAGCUGUUACCACACAGAUGAUCCUCAACAACACAAACGCCGCCGCUGCUGCCAUGGCCGCUGCGGUCGCUUCACAGAGCAGCAUCAGCAAUAUGUCAACAGUCACAACAAGCUCCCAACAGAUGGCGCCAUCCGUGGUCGCCAGCGGGAUGGGCGGCGGCGUUGGCACCGUCCCCGGAAGCUCCGCUACCACAUCGUCAGGACUCGAUACUGCCACAAUUGUGUCAUCCAUUGUCAGUGGUCUUCCAUCCAGUUUGCAGGCAAACAUUGCCGCCGCCGGCCCAACUGCCGUAUCGUCCAGUACCGUAGCAUCACAAACAACAUCACAGGUUAUAGCGUGCUUAAAUGCGGCCGCCAGUGGAAUCAUGACCUCCGCUGUCCAGACACAACCCGCCGCAUCCUUGGCCUCAGCUCUAGUCCCCAUCGAUCACAAGAGUCAGCCAAAGAGACUGCAUGUCUCGAAUAUUCCAUUCAGAUUUCGUGAUCCCGAUCUAAGGGCAAUGUUUGGGCAAUUUGGAACAAUACUUGAUGUAGAAAUUAUAUUCAAUGAGCGUGGCAGCAAGGGAUUCGGUUUUGUAACAUUCGCUAAUAGUAGCGAUGCGGAGAGAGCACGCGAACGUCUUCACGGCACUGUGGUUGAGGGACGCAAGAUUGAGGUGAACAAUGCAACAGCUCGUGUACAAACCAAAAAAGUGCCAACAGUUCCAAAUGUUUGUCUAACAAAAGAAGGUGCCGUUGCGGCUCCAGCUCUAGGUGAGCAAAACAAACAACAAUAUUACUUUUGCGUUCAAUGGCCAGAAGCUGCUGCAAUGCGUGGAGUUCCAAUUCAAAGACCUGGAGGUUCAAGAGCACUAUUUCCAACGCCGCAAAAUGCUUCUUCAGCUGCUAAUGCAGCUGCCGCAGCAUUUGCUGCUGCUACCGGAAGAUUACAAACGCCAAUGAAUGCUGCGGCAGCUCAAGCAGCAGCUAAUGCUUUGCAUGGAUUUACCCCCAUGUACUAUGAUCCAUUCUUAGCCGCAGCCGCUGCAACAGCUGAUCCAAACCUUCGUUUCCAGGCAGCCAAACCGGUCACGGAGGUACCCGCACAGCCAACAAUCUUAAAUCGCCGCACAGUGACAACGUUAAACAGUAAUCCACAUUCGAUCAACCGCAUCCAGGUUCCUCAAAAUGUUUUGGCAACAGCCCCACUGUUAAAAACGCCUCUAUCACAGGCUCAACAGGCGUAUACAGCAGCAACCACAUAUACAGCGGUAGCAGCACGAGCGUAUAACGCUGCCGCUGCAGCAGCUGCACAGCCCGCUUUGGCUGGCUAUGCCACAGUUGCGGGCUAUGCAAGAGAAUAUGCCGAUCCAUACUUGGGACAUGGAAUUGGACCAGUUCCUGGAUAUGGGGCACAAAUGUACCGUGGAGGAUACAAUCGUUUCACGCCAUACUAAGUAUACACCAACACUUCACACUAAAAUAUCUAUCAACUCACUAAAAAAUACUCAUCCAUGUAUAACUAAAUACUCAGCAUAGAGAUCUAAGGACAACUCAUAAAUAUAUUUUGAAAAUAAGAAAAUAAAAAGGAUCCCUUUUCCAACACAAAAUAUUUUCCCCAAGAAAACACAGCAAGAAAAACAAGGAAUAUGUUUGCCAUGACUCAGAAGAUAAUGAAAAAUGAUAUUGAGUGUAGAAAGGAGUAUUAAACCAAAAAUGAAGAAAAUAAGAGAAGAGAUUUGAUUUUAAAAAAAUAUAAUUUUUAUCCUCAAAAAAAUUAAAGAUGCGAUCAAACAAUAUCUAUGACUUAAAAUCUAUCAAAGCAAAAUUGCUUUAAAACAAAAAACAUUGUUUAAGUUUAACCUGCUACAUUAUUAUGACUGCGUAUUAUAUAAAACAAAACACACAAAAAAACAAUAAUAACACGUGUAAAAAGCAAACAAACAAAACAAAAAAGCAAACAAACAAAAAAACAAAAAAAUUACUAGCAAAGCCAAAAGUAUAAAUGCAGUGUCAGUUAUAUUUUGAUUUUUCCUUUUCUUAGUUUUAAACAAUUUUUGUUUUAAGAUUUAAUUUACACAAUAUUAUUCACAAAAAUAUUCUUGUUAAGCACAAGAUAGUCAUUUUUAUUAUAUUUACAUAUAUUUUAGAUGUAAAAUUAAGUUUUUUUGAACAAAACAUCAUCAAACAAAGAAACAAAAAUAUAUUUUAUUUUUAUUUUAUUUUUCUAUAAAAUAUGUUUUUAAACCAACAAAAAAACUUAUUAAAAAAAACAUCUGAGAUUAAAAAUACUUUAUUUUUUCUUAUUUGAAGAGCAAUAAUUUGAGUGCACAUUCAUUUUCUCGAAAUAAUUUUUGUUAGUUUUACUAUUUUUUUUUUAAUUAAUUUUUCUUCCUAUAUUUUAGUUUUACUUUUACUUUAAUGGCAGCUAAAUUUGAAGUUAACUUUGAAUAAUUAGUUUUAUAAAACCAUGACAACAAAAAUCAAUUAUAUAUAUUUUAUUCGUUUUCUUUAGUUUUAUUGAUGAUUUAUUAUUUAUAGAAAUAAAUAAUACACACAAACAAAUACUCAAAAAAGCUGAACUUAUGCUCAAAUAUAAAUUUAUUGUUAUUACAAUUAUUAUAUAGAAACAAAAACAAAAACAAAUAGAAUACAAAAUAAAACGCACAUAAUUAUUCAUUUUUAUUUUACUUUAUUUUCUCUCCCUUCUCUUUGAAGUUCCUUUUUGUUGUAUUUCAAAAAAUUAUAAAAUAUGUUUUAUAGAAACAGAUCGACUUGAAAUAGUCAAACGCACAAACUUUGAAUAUUUCCACAAACCAAACAGAAAUUAAGGACACAAAGGUUAAAUUGCAUAAAUUUAUUAUUUUUGUAUUGUCUUUGCAAAAUUAAAUAUAAAAUAUGAGCUAAAUAAUGAGCUCUACUUUAAAUAUUAUGGAAAAAGUGAACACUUUUAUAGCAAAGAUUACCCAAGGACUUAGUUCGAAAAAGUCGACUGUUGUAAAAAGGAUUGAUUGAAAGCUAAACGGACUCAACAAUCAAUAUGUACCAAAAUUACUUCAAAAUAUUCGCUUUUUUAAAGUUUUAUGAAGUCAUAAUUGAAUUUCUAUCAUUUUUCCCAAAUUUCAUUGAACAAGGUCAACUUUUGUAAUUUAAAAAGUCCACUUUUCACUAUUCUAUGUUUCCUUCCUCACAACUGUCCAGUUCCUUGAAUUCAAUUUUUACAUCUUCUCAAUGCAAUUUUAGAUUUUCUUAACUUAGGGUUUAUUUUUUUGGGAAAUAAACAAAAAAGCGUUUGUGUAUCUACACAAACAGGCCGCAGUGUAAUAUUUUUUCUUUAUACUAUAAAUGAAAAAUUCAAAAAUAAUGCUCAGGAAGAGUAUUAGCAUUUUUGCACACACAAAAACAAAAUUAAGGACUCAAAAAGAAAAUAUGCUUAAAUCCUCUUUUUAUUUUGCUUAUAUGUAUGUAUAUGAAAUAAAUAAAUAAAUCAAAAAAAACAAAAACAAAAUCUCUAAAAUGUAGUUAAAAUAAAAAUGAAAAAUAAUAAUUAAAAUGAGGAUAAUUUGAAAAUCACUCUGACUAUUUUUGUCACAUUGAAUUGAGUAUAAAUACUAGAAUUUUAGUACAUAACACACACAUACAUAUAACUUAGUUCAUUAUAAACAAAAGAAAACAAGAAAAAACAAAAUUAUAUUAAAAAAUAUUACAACAAAAACAAAAAACCUAUUUCUACAUCUAUUUGUUUGAUGUAGUGUUUGCUCAAAAUAAAUAUUUUUAAAAAUAAUAAUUAAUACUUUAAGGCAUUAAAAGUAAAUUAAAAAAAAUAUAAUAAAAUUAUAUUUUUAAUCGGAUACAAAUAAAAUUCUGUCCUCUUUAAAUUCAAGACAAAACAAACAAAAAAUUUAACUUAAAUAUUUAAAAAAAUCAUUGAUUUCCAAAAUUAAAUUAAAAAAAAAAAAACAAAAAAAUAUGAAUUAAAAAUAAAAAGGAAACUGCACAUUUUCACGAAUUUUCGCGCACAUGACAAGAAGAAAAAUUAAGUAAAUAAAUAAAUAUAAUAUUAAAAAUUAAAAAAUUGUAUAUCAAUAUAUUAUAUUUUCACUCUUCACAACUCGAGUGAAUUUAUUUAAAGUAAAUAUAUAUAUAUUUUUAGUAGUUGUUAGCAAUAAAACAAAAAAUAUAAAAAAUAUAUAAAAAAAAAAACAUAAAUACUCUUUUUAAAAAUACAUAUAUAAAGCCAAAGGAUUACUUUUAAAUAUUUUUUUUUAAUUUUCUGUGUAGUUGAUAUAUCGUUUUUAAAAAAUAAAUAGUUGUGUUUUUAUGCUUUUAAGUGUUUAGAAUUUAGUGGAAAUAAUAAUAAUAAUAUUUUUAAUCGCGCAAAUCAUAAAAUAAAUAAAAAAAUAAAAUAUUUUUGAACAUAAAACAAAAAAAUCCAAAAAUUGCCAAAUGUAUAGCUUUUGAAGAAAGAAAAUAAAUAAAAUUAAAAAUAAAAAUAAAACAACAACAUGCGUAUACCAAUAACAAAAAAAAAAGAAAUAUAAACGCACUAAGCAAUAGAUGGUAGUUUAUAUCAUUUUAUUCUGAAAGAAUUUUUAAGUAAAACUUGUGUAAUUUACUUGAUCAAAAAAUAAAAGUAUAGUUCUCCCCUUAAAAAUAAAAAUAUGUAUUUUUGUCUUCUUGUAAAAAAUAAAUAAAAUCAAUUAACUAAAAACAAAAAAACACAGUGGCAUUGACUGAAUUUCACUGCAGCUAUAAAUUUAAAAUAAUAAAAUUAAUUUUCGUUUGGUUUCUAAAUUACCAGCUAUCUUUAAAAACAUUAAACUCAAGCCCAAAAUAUAGCAUUGCUAUAAAAGAUUCUUAAUUAAAAUAAAAAACCAUAUGAACAAAACCAGAAAAGAAAAGAAAUAAAACAAGCAACAAAAAUAUCGUAUCUACUUUUAAGCUUAGUGGUAAAAUAAAUUUUAAAAUCAUAAAUAUUUUGUAGAGUGAAUAAUAAUGAAUAACUAUGAAAAUCAGUUUAAAAAACAAACAAAAAUCAAACACAGAAAAUCCAUAUUAAAAAAAAAAAUGGGAGACACAAAUGAAAAAAAAUAAAAUCUUUUAAAUCAUACACAAAAAGUAUAAUAAUUCACACACACGUUUUUAAAUAAAUAAGAUAAACAAUUUAAGUAUAAAAUGUGCCAAAUUGUACGAUGUAUCCAUUAAACUAUUAUUAAAACAAACAAAAAACCAUAAACGUAUAAAUAAAAUGUAUGUAUGAUUUUUUGGAGAAACAAAAGAAGAAAAGAAAAAGAAAUAAAAAUCUCUUCCUUACAAAGAAAAUUUAAAUGAUUAAAAAUAAAAUAAAAAGAUCACAGGUAAAAAUCACACAAAUUAAAUUUAAACAAAAAAACAAAAGAAUAAAAUAAAACAUGACUUUUCGUUUCUGUUAAUUUAUUAUUAUUUUUUACCAAUAUAACAAAUAUGUAUGUAAAUAGCUGAUAUUUUAAAUUUAAAUAAAAACUCAAAUCAAGCCCACAUGCCAUUUGAACCGAAAAACAAACAAUUUUUGAAUUGUUUAAAUUUUUUGAUUUAACGAGUUUUUUUAAGUUCUUAAGAAAAACCAUCGCUAAAGACAGAAGAAGAAAAUUAAAUUAAAAUAAAAAAUAAAGAAAAAGAAAAAACACCGCAUUAAGAAAUUAUAUAGGAAAUCAUAUACACAUAAUAAAUAUAUAUAUAUAUUUACCAAUAUACAAAACAAAAUAUAUUUAAAAACAAAAAAAAAAAAACAAACAAAAAUAUUUUAAUAGAAACAACAUCACAAUUCAAAAAAACAAAAA